AUGCUCGCUUCGGACGACUUUGUGCUGACCGACUACUGUUACGUCUUUGCAAAGGUCUACGAGCUGAUAGACUUUCGCUGGGUCGACCAGGGCACCGCAUAUUUCCAUGGUCAAUUCAUCGAGGAGACCAACCAAGCGUUCCUCAUUGCCCGCGAGGAGGAGGAGGACGAGAGGACGAUCCUAUCCACCGGCAGUCGAUAUAAAGAUGUAUACCAGAGGCAGCAGGAUACUCUCAUCAUCUGGACAGAGCCCGAUAGCGUCGACUACGCGCUAAACUUCCAGGAUGCCGAGAGCUGUGCGGAGGUCUGGAACUUCAUAAUAGAAGUUCAGUACCAUAUCAAUUCCUCCGAAGCGGGCGGUUUUGACUCUUCCUCCCCUAACCACGAUGCCACGAUGACCGCAAUUAUUCUCCGCACCGGUCAUUUACCCAUGCCUGAUCAUGAAUCGGGAAACGUUGCGGACAUUGAGCGUUCCAUAAAGGCUCUCGCUCGAGGACAUGUCAAGGAGAAGAUAUGCGACUACAUACAGCGUCGCCUUAUGCAAACAAUACUAAUAUUAAAUGACUAUGGCAUGUAUGAACAUAUUCUCGAUGACGACAACUUCUUCGCAGUUGUAGGCAUGUUAGAAUACGACCCCGAGUUCCCCACGCACAAGACCAACUACCGCGAGUUCCUGCACCUCACCUCGCGCUUCCACCAGCCGAUCCCAAUCCCGGACGAAUCGAUCCAGAAGAAGGUACACAACACGUACAGGCUGCAGUUACUCAAAGACGUCGUGCUCGCUUGUGCGCUGGACGAUUCGACGUUCAACAACGUGCUUAACUCGUGCAUCAUCUUCAACCAGAUCGAUAACGUGCAGAACGACCCGGUGUUUAUGCGCGAGAUCGCUAGCUUGUAUGUCAACGCGGAGGUUCUUGGGAGCGUCCACGGGAACGGGAGCGCGAAGCCGGCUAGUAAGAGUGUGGGGGCGAGCGCGGCGUGGGCGUCUUCGUCGCCAGAUGUGACCGGGUCGCCCACGCCGGCCCCUCGACGUCGUCAUCACCAGACGCCAAUCCCCGGUCGAGCGGCCACGGCGACUGCCGCAGCGGAGGCGAAGACCAACGUCAACACGGCGGAGGCGAACCUGGUGAAGAUCAGCACGGCGAGGGAGGUGCUCAGCGCGGUGCUUGACCACAACCUCAUCGGCGUGCGGAACCACGUGCUGAAGCAGCCGGACGCGCUCCGGACGCUGCUGGAGAUUUCGGUGGGGAACGGGCCUGAGACGCUGGUGGCGAUGGGCGCGAAGCUGCUCGCGCGGCCCAAGGACGACCCCGCGACGGAGAUUGACUCCCCGCCUCCCUUACUCCUUCAACUCUAUCCUUUACCAUACCCCGUCACAAAGCGGACACCUCUUUCGAGGAUGAUUAAAUUCUCGUCAAAGCUCACCUCCGAUGAAGAGUCCUCUACGCUACAUGUUUUAAAGGAGACUCGUGAUGGGCCGAGAUGUGUUAGCGGGCAAGCUUCAGACUCUGGAAAUACAAUAGCCAAACUGCAAGAGGAAAAUCGCCUGUUAAAAGCGCAGAUCCAGGACAUGAACGCCAAUCUUUCCAGUUUUGCCAACCAAGCUUUGGACCUUGAGGAUGUGACAUCCAGGAUACAAGAGGAGAACCGCAUGUUAAAUGCGCAGAUUCAGGACAUGAACACCCGCUUUUCAAGCUCUGUCAUCAUUUCUCGUAAUGAUCUCGACGAACUGGUGUCAUGCAAAGUCUGCACCAUCAAGAUGCAGUCCCCCUACUUGUUACCUGACUGCGGCCACACACUCUGCCAGUCAUGUCUGGUGAACUGGUUUGACAUCAUACUCGCCCAGUUCACCGCAUCUCACCCCCAGUACAAUCCUAAUGAUUCACAUGCUCUGAACACGCAUGAUCGUCCUUUGCCCACAGCGUCUUCAUAUGCAACCAUGCCCGAAGAAGUUGUUGCUUUCCUUCGUCAUCCCCAGAUCAUGCACCACCCUGUGUUCGCCCUGUCUAUGGCAGCACGCCAGUUCCUUGAUUGCCAUGAGCAGGAACGUGGCCAACAGAGACAUAACCAGGGCGGCCAGGGAGGCAAUGGGAACGUCGGCAAUAAUAACGGCGGUGCAGGGCCAGUGCAGCCAAGGUACACUUGCCCAUUUUGUCGGACUGCACUGCAUUCACGCCCGGUGGAAGAAUUCUUCUUGAAGGAGGUCAUUGACAAGCUCUUGAAUAUUGCAGGCGAAGAGGAAGAGCCCUUGACGAGAAGCGCAGCCUUGAGGAAUCUGUUUGGGACAUACAUUCCCUGA